AUGAGCCACCCGGAGUUAUCGGAGACUUACGCCUGCACGCCGUCCACCGAGCGUGGCCGAGGAAUUCUCAUCUCCGGCGACUCUAAGUCCAACUCCAUCCUCUACACUAAUGCUAGAUCCGUUGUCAUGAUGAACCUCCAAAACCCCCUUCAAGUCUCCGUCUACGGCGAACACGCUUACCCUGCCACCGUCGCCCGAUUCUCCCCCAACGGUGAGUGGGUUGCAUCUGCUGACGUGUCAGGCACGGUGAGGAUCUGGGGAACCCGCAACGAGUUUGUUUUGAAGAAGGAGUUCCGUGUGUUAUCAGGUCGGAUCGAUGAUCUUCAGUGGUCACCUGAUGGGAUAAGAAUCGUAGCUUGCGGUGAAGCUAAAGGAAACUCCUUUGUUCGCGCUUUUAUGUGGGAUUCUGGGACUAAUGUUGGUGAAUUUGAUGGACACUCGAGGAGAGUUUUGAGUUGUGCAUAUAAACCCACUAGGCCUUUUCGAAUUGUCACCUGUGGAGAGGAUUUUCUUGUGAAUUUUUAUGAAGGACCGCCAUUUAGAUUUAAGCAAUCUCACAGGGAUCAUUCAAAUUUUGUCAAUUGUGUAAGAUAUUCUCCAGAUGGCAAUAAAUUUGUAACUGUAAGUUCUGACAAAAAGGGUAUCAUAUUCGAUGGAAAGACUGGAGAGAAGAUUGGGGAGUUGUCUUCUGAAGGUGGCCAUACUGGCAGUAUUUAUGCUGUUAGUUGGAGUCCUGAUGGAAAACAAGUGCUAACCGUAUCUGCUGACAAGUCUGCAAAAGUGUGGGACAUAUCUGAGGAUAACAAUGGGAAGGUGAAGAAAACAUUGAUUUCUCCUGGCUCUGGUGGAAUUGAAGACAUGCUAGUAGGGUGCCUAUGGUUGAACGAUUAUCUUGUCACAGUUUCUCUUGGUGGGACGAUAUCUAUUUAUUUAGCAAGUGAUCUUGAUAAAGCCCCAACAUCGUUUUCAGGACACAUGAAAAAUGUUUCCUCCUUAACCAUUCUUAGAAGUAACCCUAGAGUGCUCCUCUCUUGUAGUUAUGACGGCUUAGUAGUUAAGUGGAUUCAAGGGAUUGGAUAUAGUGGUAAAUUACAAAGGAGGGAGAAUUCUCAAAUCAAAUCCUUAGCAGCUGCAGAAGAAGAGAUUGUUACAUCUGGGUUUGAUAACAAGAUACGGAGGAUUUCUUUACACGGGGAUCAGUGUGGAGAUGCUGAAGCCAUUGAUAUAGGAACUCAACCAAAGGAUUUUAGCAUUUCACUUUCAUCUCCCGAACUUGUUCUAGUUUCAAUUGAUUCAGGAGUUGUCAUGCUGCGCGGCACAAAAGUUGUGUCAACCAUUAAUCUUGAAUUUACUGUUUCGGCAUCCAUUGUCUCUCCUGAUGGAAGUGAAGCCAUUAUUGGUGGGCAGGAUGGUAAACUGCACAUAUAUUCUAUUUCUGGUGAUACACUGAUUGAAGAGGCUGUCCUUGAGAAACAUAGGGGUGCUGUUAGUGUUAUAAGGUAUUCUCCAGAUUUUUCAAUGUUUGCAUCAGGGGAUGUCAAUCGAGAAGCUGUUGUUUGGGACCGUGCCUCCCGAGAUGUGAAGCUCAAGAACAUGCUGUACCAUACUGCACGUAUAAACUGUCUUGCUUGGUCCCCUGAUAGUAGUAGGAUUGCUACAGGAUCACUUGACACAUGUAUUAUUGUAUAUGAAGUUGACCAACCUGUGUCCAGUAGAAGUACCAUAAAGGGUGCUCACUUAGGUGGGGUUUACGGGUUAGUAUUCACUGAUGAAUAUAGUUUGGUUAGCUCAGGCGAGGAUGCUUUUAUUCGUGUCUGGAAGAUAACCCCUCCCUGA